CGGAGCGAGCUUUGGGCUACUAGGCAUCGUCAGGCCUCAGUACGUGUGUGUUCCAGGUUCCUGUUUCUGCAUCCGAGGACGCCAGCCGAAUCAAGUUAGUGAGCCCCUUCCGGCCAUCGACCAGCAGCAGCAGCUAUGGCUUCCGUGCGCGUGGUGGCCGUCUCCUUCGUCCUGCUGGCCCUGGCUAUGGCCGUCUCGGGGGAGAUUGCUCCUGCCGGUCCCAAGUUCCCUGCGCACGCAGAGAAGUUCGUGAAUAAGAUCCUUGCCAAUCCGAACUUGAAGAUCCUGGCGGGUGCUCUCAAGGCGACGGGCUUGGUGGACCCGUUGAAGGGCCUGGCUGCGCAGGGGGUCACUGCCUUCGGGCCGACGGACAAGGCUUUCCUCUCCCUGCCCAAGCAGGUGGUCACCUGCCUGGGCAAGGAGCCCGGCCUCUCCAAGGUCCUGAAGCCCAUCUUGUUCUACCACGUGUCGAAGGGCAAGUACACCGCUUCCAAGCUGAGGAGCAGGAAGUCGCUGACGAGUGUCCUGGGUCCACGCAUCGCCGUCAGCAAGUUCAAGAAGACAGUCAAGGUCGACAACGCUGUGGUCAUUAAGGGUGAUGCCAUCACCAGCAGCACGUCGGUGGCCCACGUCAUCGACGCCGUGCUCAUUCCCAAGGCCCUGCUUCCGGUCAUCAAGAAGGUGUGCUUUUAAACCCCCGACUCUGGGUGCACGCUCCCUUAGUUGGGCCUUCCAGCAGAAGGGGGAUUGUAGUCUGUAUCGACUACCACCCUACCGGUAGGUGGACGAGCCUGGCUGGCCGCUGGGGGAUUGUAGUCUGUAUCUUCCAAAAAAAUGCAGUAUGUAGCGUCUGCAAUUAAAGUCGCUUUGUUGCGGAGGGAGGGGGAUAGUAAUCUGCAGCUUCGCAAUGGGGGUAAUUGUAGUUUGUAUCUUCGGAAACGCAGUGUGAAAAUUGCUCCUUGCCACCCUUGUUGCGGAGAAGGGGGGGGGGGGAUUGUAGUCGGUAGCUUCAUAAAGAGGAAGUCCAUUGAGGCGCAACGCAAUGACUGCAUGUCGUGCUCACUAGCUGCGGAUAUGCAGACUGUGCUUUCGGAAAUGCAGACCGUUGAGGCGAAAUGACGCGUGGACAUGGGGCGCUCAAGGGGAUAAUUGUCUGUGUGGAGCAUCGGGAAUGCAGGCUGCAGCUUGUAGCUUCAGGAGGAAUAAAGCAUGUGGGCUGUGGCUAGUGUUGCAGCUUGUGGGCUGUGGUUAACGCUGCAGCAGCUUGUGGAUAAAUAUAAUGUAGCUUCCGAAGAAGUCCAGCGCUGUCGGAAAUCUCAACGAACAGGAACGUGGUAGUGGUAGUGCUAGUGCUAGUACUUGCCUGCGUAGUAUCACUAGCUGCGGCCUAUCUUUUUCGCCUCCCGGAAUUUAUUGAAUCUGUGAUGAUUGUGACGUGUAAGCUUAAUAAUCUCUGCCAAGGUGUUCGAAUGACAGAGU